UAGAGUAGGCCAUGUUUGAAUCCACGUGUUGCAGAUGAAUUAUCAAUUUAUAGAUAAACUAAAUUAAUUUAUAGAAAUGACUGACUAUAAAGAAGAACAAAAAAAUGAAAUAGAAGCCCUUGAAUCAAUAUAUCCCAACGAAUUAGAAAUUUUAUCGUGUGAUCCUUAUCACAUUUUUACAAUAAAAAUCAAAACCGAAAGCUUGGAAGAAUCUGAAUUUGAAAUAUUUGUAACUCUGAAGUUCACGUACGUGCCAAAUUAUCCGGAUGAAGUACCGUUGAUUGAAAUAAUCGAAUAUGAUAAUAUAGAGGAUGAAGAUGUAGAUUCAUUAUCAGAUUAUCUGCUGUCACAGGCUGAAGAAAAUUUAGGAAUGGUUAUGAUUUUUACAUUAGUAUCUGUAACUUUAGACUGGUUAAAUAAUAAAGCUGAUUAUCUCCAUCAACAAAAAAAGGAACAGGAAGAAAGGAGAUUGAAACAGUUAGAAGAGGAGGAGAGGAAAAAAUUUGAAGGGACUCGAGUGACGGUCGAAACGUUUUUAACAUGGAAAACUAAAUUUGAUGCCGAAAUGGCAGAAAUAAAACGAAAUCAAUUUGUUAAAGAAGAAUUAGGUACAAAGAAGCUAACAGGCCGAGAAUUGUUCGAGAAGGACAGAACGCUAAUAGAAUCUGACCUAAGAUUCUUACAGGAAGGAGAUGAAGAAGUUAAAGUUGAUGAAUCACUCUUCCAAGAAUUAGAUGAUCUAGAGCUCGAAGAUGAUUUCGAUGAAAAUGAGAACACGAAAUCUUGAAAUAGAAUCAAUAAUUAGAUUUUAAUAUAAACUGAAAUAAUGUGAAACUUUGCUUAUAAUUUGUCAGCUAAAAUUCUCAAUUAUUUAUUCAAAGAAAUGAUAAACUAUGCACAUGUUUUAAACAGAUUUAUGAUAUGUUUUUUUUCUCUUAUUUAUUCAACUAGUAAAGAGGCAUUUUUACAUUCAUUUUCUUCCAUUUAAUGUACUCUCUUAAUUAUAUUUUAUGUCGCUCGGCAUUUUUGUUCUACGUAAUAUUUUAAGAGGAAUAAACGAGAACUUAAUAAGGAAUGUAAAUUUGUAUACUACAUAAAAUGUAACACACAUUUAACGUCUAUCCGUAUUGAGCAGUUGCCAUAAAACUGUGAAGAUUCUGUAUGAUAUAAUUAAAAAUUAGUUUAAUACGUUGUACAAAGAUCUUAUAAAAGGAAGAAAGUGUAAAAUAUCUUGUUUAAUUAAUUUGUAAUACAAUAAGAAUAAUUAGUUUUUUAUCCGUCAAGCAAAAUUUGUCCAAUAUGCUGGUAAAUCUGUGAUUAUCACCUGAUAUUAAAUGAAUUAUCUGUAAUUAGUAAAUAAAUCAUUGGUGCAUUUAACCAAAACUUAUUGGCGGUCGUUUUUCUUGCUCUAUUGAUUUCUUUAAAACAUAAUAAUCCUUUUUCAAAAACCUCAUACGAAUAUUCAGAUUACCAAAGAUAUCUGUAAUCGAUAGUGUAGCAAGUGUAUAGCCAGUUUGUCCCUCACUAUAGGCAUUUAUCGAUCAAAGGUAAUAAUAAUUUAUUUUAAUAUAUUGAAUUAAAAAUAAUUCUUAUUUUACCUUAACUAUAUCAUAUAGGAGCUGAGGCAGUUGGCAUUAGUCUACUGCCAACAGAGAGGGAGCUAGGAUGUCCAGUCUUAAUUGUUGAAAUUUCAGUAUCCAAUAGCAAUUUGAAGCUUACCAUGCUUACACAUUACUUUGCACAUUCAAACAUAAAACUGCACUUCUUGAAUGUGCAAAGUCUCCCAUUGCUAUUUGGUACAGAAUUUAAGCUGUGUAAAUGAUUUAAUUUUUAUAAAAUUAGCCCUGAUUAAUAUACAGUAUAUGAAGAGUAUUUUUACAUGAUAAAUUUAAUAAUUGUAGUAUAUAAAACUCACUCAAGGAAUCAAAUAUUUGAGAAAAACCCACAUCUUCAGUAAUAUGCAUACUAAAAUUUAAUUGGAAUUCAGUUGUUUUUGUAUUUACUAAAUUUUACUAUGCGUAAACUGAAGACCCCUGUUCCUCUUAAAUGUUUCCGUGGGUCGGAGCGACUUUUGAAACAGUUUUAUAUAUUUUUAUAAAA